CUGAGGGGCCGGUUUGAAUGAGACCCCGAGGGAGGGAGGGACACGCCGGAGCCGCCGCUGCCGCCGCCAUCACCCGCCCGCUCCCUUCACACUAACACCGCUCACUGUCGCCCUAUCACUUCCCCGCCGUCACCGCGCCCUCCCAGGACACGGCGCGCCGCCCGCCCCCUCCGCCAUGCCGCUCUUCUCAGUUAACGUGAAAUGGGGAAAAGAGAAAUUUGAUGGCGUGGAGCUUAACACUGAUGAACCUCCAAUGGUCUUCAAAGCCCAGUUGUUUGCACUGACUGGAGUUCAGCCAGCUAGACAGAAGGUUAUGGUUAAAGGAGGAACUCUGAAGGAUGAUGACUGGGGAAACCUAAAAAUAAAGAAUGGGAUGACCUUAUUAAUGAUGGGUUCCGCAGAUGCGCUUCCAGAAGAGCCAAUUGCUCGACCGGUCUUUGUAGAAGACAUGACAGAGGAACAGUUGGCUUCAGCUAUGGAAUUACCAUGUGGAUUGACAAACCUUGGCAACACUUGCUACAUGAAUGCUACGGUUCAGUGUAUCCGCUCAGUGCCAGAAGUGAAAGAGGCCCUUAAAAGGUAUGGUGGUGCCUUAAGAGCUUCAGGAGAAAUGGCCUCUGCUCAAUACAUUACUGCAGCUCUUAGAGACUUGUUUGAUUCCAUGGAUAAAACUUCCUCCAGUAUUCCACCUAUCAUUCUCCUGCAGUUUUUACAUAUGGCCUUCCCACAGUUUGCAGAGAAAGGCGAUCAAGGCCAGUACCUUCAACAGGAUGCCAAUGAGUGCUGGGUGCAGAUGAUGAGGGUACUACAACAGAAGCUGGAAGGCAUAGAAAGUGAUACAGUUAUGGAGACAGACUCUGGAGCUACAGCAGCAGCUUCUAAAAAGAAGAGUUUAAUUGAUCAGUUCUUCAGCAUUGAAUUUGAAACAGCCAUGAAAUGUACAGAAGCUGAAGAAGAGGAAGUAACUAAAGGAAAGGAGAAUCUGCUUCAGCUUAGCUGCUUUAUCAAUCAAGAAGUGAAAUAUCUGUUUACAGGACUAAAAUUGCGUCUUCAAGAGGAAAUCACCAAACUCUCUCCAACACUGCAGAGAAAUGCACUCUAUAUCAAAUCUUCUAAAAUUAGUCGCUUGCCAGCGUACCUGACUAUUCAGAUGGUUAGAUUUUUUUACAAAGAGAAAGAAUCUGUGAAUGCCAAAGUUCUUAAGGAUGUUAAAUUUCCUCUUAUGUUGGAUGUGUAUGAGCUGUGUACACCGGACCUUCAGGAAAAAAUGGUUUCUUAUCGAUCAAAAUUCAAAGAUCUAGAAGACAAAAAAGUAAAUCAACAACCAAAGAAUUCUAGUAAAAGUGAUGGUGCACAGAAAGAAGUUAAAUACGAACCAUUUUCUUUUCCUGAUGAUAUUGGUUCUAAUAAUUGCGGCUAUUAUGACCUGCAGGCAGUGCUAACACAUCAAGGCAGAUCAAGUUCCUCUGGGCAUUAUGUGUCUUGGGUUAAAAGGAAACAAGAUGAAUGGAUUAAAUUUGAUGAUGACAAAGUCAGCAUUGUUACACCUGAAGAUAUUUUGAGGUUGUCUGGGGGUGGAGACUGGCAUAUAGCUUAUGUUCUACUCUACGGGCCUCGCAGAAUUGAAGUAAUUGAAGAUGAAGCUGAACAGUAGUCUUCAGUUUUAGUCAUUCUGCCUAGGUGUGAAAUAAAUGUUGAUUACUGCUCACUUCUUUAACCCCAGAGCUUUAGCAAGUGGAUGAAUGAUCUGUUAAAACCUUUUCAUGUGAAGAGGGAUAUUUCAAAACCAAUCCAUGUACCAAUUAGUCACUACUGGACUGGACUGCCCACUGUGGUGGUGACAAUACUUAAAAUAGCUUUAAUGUCUUGCAGAAGAUAAUUUUUUAAAAAUAAGCCUGUCCCCCCCUUACCCCCCCCCCUUCCUCUCUAAUGUCAUCAAGUAUUUAUUACACACCUAUUCUCACAUUUGUUACUCUUGCAUGGUUUAUACCACAGUUCAGUAGCUGUCCAUCCUUUGCCUUACCUGGCAGUUUUGUUAGGAAGGUAGAAGAGAAACUGUUGCCUUGUUGCGUAACUCAGUGCUGCUGCCCAUAGCCAUCAACCCUGGCUACAAUCAAGCAUUUGUCCAGCCUGACCUGCUGAUUCAGUCUGUUCUGUUGCUGGCAUCUCAUGACUUCAAAAUAAAUUGUGAUCAACAAUGUGUCUCCAUUAAAAAAAGUUCAU